AUGAAGAAGGAACAGGUUCAACGCAAGAAGAAUAAAGGAUCAACAAAAUCUAUGGUUGUUGCCUUGGGAGAAAGCUCAGAUGAUGACUUAGAGGGUGAAUAUGGAGAUGAACAAACACUUAUGGCAAUUAGAGAAGAUGAGGAAUCUGAGAGGCACAUUCAGAAUUUCUUGGAAAUUACCGAUACCUACAACUAUCCGAACGUUUCCAAGGACUAUGUCAGGCUGACACUUUUCCCCUUUUCACUGAUUGGGAAAGCUAAGGAGUGGUUGAAUAAAGAGCCAGCAAAUUCAAUCCGCACUUGGGAUGAUCUCGCAAGGAAAUUCUUAAUCAAGUUUUUCCCCACUAAGAAAACAAAGACGGACGAGGUAUCGGGUCACACUUUUGUAGAUGGGUUAGAUGAUGCUUCAAAGAUGAAUCUUGAUUUAGCUUGUGGGGGUAGUUGCAUGGCCAGACCGUACAGUGAAAUCCAAAUCUUGCUGAAUAACUUCACUGCCAAUGAUAAUAACUGGCAAGGUGAGGGUGAUUCACGAAAAGCAGUUAAGCAAAAAUCAGCUAGGUUACUUGAGUUAGACGAAGUGUCAGCCAUGAGAGCCGAUAUUGCAAAGCUGGCUAAUCAGAUGACUAGGAUGACAAUGCAGCAACUACAGGCGAUGCAACACGUACAACAAAUGACUAUUUGCUGCGAACUUUGUGGUGACAGUCAUAUGAGUGAUAUGUGCCCCACGAAUCUAGAAUCCGUCUAUUAUGUGGGGCAACAGAACAGAGGUCCACCGAAUCAACAUGCACAAUACGGGAAUUCUUACAAUCCAAAUUGGAGGAAUCAACCCAACUUCUCAUGGGGUGGAAAUCAGCAGAAUCAGAAUCAACAUAGACCCCAAGGGAAUUUCAAUCAGCCUCAGAGACCACCCCAACAAAUGGAAGAAAGUACCAAUAAUCUGCUAAAGAAGUUGUUGAUUGACAAUCAACAACUUAGGAUCGACGUCAGAAAUCUUGAAAGGCAAAUGGGCCAGUUAGCAACAAAUCAAAACACUAGACCUGCAGGCGCCCUCCCUAGUGAUACAGAAAAGAACCCUCAAGUGAAUGCAGUUACACUUAGAAACGGGAGGGAGCUAGAGGAAGUGCCAAAGAAAAAGAAAGACAAGCCCAUACCUGAGGGAGAGUUGAUCCCUAAAGUGACUCAAGAGCCAAAGAAUGCUACUGAAAUUUCAAAGCCAGUGGAGGCCCCAAGACCACCACCCCCUUUUCCCUAG